AUGAACGACUUUCUCCUUCCUGGGCAGCCGCUUCAAUUGCAAUCACCGGUAACCUCCAGCGGGAUAUAUGGUCGGAACGGAGUGACAAGGUCCUCACUACUCGGAAUCAAGUCCGAGGGUGGGAUUAUACCUGUAACUGCUGGACGGGCUCAGCCUCCCUCUCCUGGUGUAACGGUGAUUGGGACUAUUACCCGACUGUCACCACUCCAGGCUACCAUGUCUAUCACUGUUGUCGACGGCAUUCCUCUUCCUCACGGAGAAGAGUUCACAGGCGUUAUUCGUUCACAGGAUGUACGUUCAACUGAGAAAGAUAAAGUAAAGAUUGCCGACUGCUUUCGUGGAGGGGACGUUGUGCGAGGCUCUGUAAUCUCUCUAGGCGAUUCCAGGAGCUACUAUGUGUCGACGACCCGGAACGAUCUGGGAGUAAUUUUUGCUACGAGCGAGGCUGGUGCGACUAUGGACCCAAUAUCGUGGUUGGAAAUGAGGUGUCCUAAGACUGGCUUAAUCGAAAAACGCAAAUGUGCUAAACCUACAAACAUCCCGUGA